GCCAACUAGCGCUGACGUGUGCAGCUUGGAGACAUCUCUACACAACCGACACGAAGCUGCUUGAGGAGCUCUGGCCAAGGUGCGUCGUCUUCGCCCGCAUGAAGCCAGAUGACAAGAUCAAUGUAGUGAAGUACCUUCAAAGUCGAGGUUUAGUUGUGGGCAUGGCCGGUGAUGGUGGCAACGACUGUGGUGGCCUUCGGGCGGCUCAUGCCGGUCUGGCCUUGUCAGAUGCCGAGGCCUCCAUGGUGGCACCGUUCUCCACGGGCCGCCCGGGCAAGGGUGCCGCGAGGAACGACAUCUCCCUGACCACCAUGCCGGACCUGAUCCGAGAAGGCCGCGCGUGUUUGGCGACGAACAUGGCCACCUUUAGCUACUUCAUGGUCUAUGCCUUCUUGCUGACGACGAUCCGGACCUUCUUCAUCAUCUUCAAGAACCUCUGCCUCGGUGAGUGGGUGUGGAUGACAUCUGACAUCGGUGUUGGUGUCAUCAUGAUGUUCUUCAUGACCCAGUCUCGGGCCCGACCUGAGUUGGCCAAGUUUCGGCCAACCGCCACACUCCUGGGCCUGCGAACCGUCUCAGGCGUCUUGGUGCCAUAUCUUCUUGGUUCUGCAAUUAUGGCUGUUGGCAUUGUCAUCCUGCACAGCUACAAGUGGUAUGACGGGCUGAACCCGAGUACGAUUCACAUCCGUGCUCA